ACACCCCGGGAAAUUCCAAGCCCAAGUACACGUCUCUGGAGUUGCAAUAGUGUUUCCUGGGAAAUUCUAAGCUUUGGUUUAAUCAAAUGGCUUCCAACAGUAAUCCUAAUAGCCAAGCCUUCACCUCCAGAACACCUCAUUUCUUCAAAGUGCUUCUCACCGAUGCUAUUCAGCAUGGGAAAAUGAAAAUUCCAGCAAAAUUUGUGAGAAAAUAUGGAAGUGGGAUCUCGAGCCCAGUAUUUCUUAAGGUCCCGAGUGGAACUCUCUGGGAAGUAGAAUUAACUAAGUCUGGUUCUGAGGUUUAUCUGCAAAAGGGGUGGAGCGACUUUGUACAACAUUACUCGUUAGAUUUAGAAGACUUUGUGGUUUUCAGAUACGGAGGGCAUUCCCUUUUCAAUGUUAUCAUAUUUGAUAAAGGUGCUUCAGAGAUUGAAUACAUUCAUGCCGAAAAUCACACUUUGAGUGAACAAUGUCAAGGGACUGCAGUGAAACAAGAAAAAGAUGAUGAUGAUAUCUCUGUUGAAAUCAUUGAUGGAACUCCAACUCUCCCAAGGGAGAAAAGAAGGGGACCAUUGCCAUCACCGUGUCCGAGGCUGAGCAGAUUAUCUGCUUCAUCUCGGAAAAGCAAUGGAGGGAUGAGUGCUAGUCCAGAACAUGGAGGUGGAAGUAUGCGGGGGACAAUGAGAGGCAAACAGAAGGAUAAAGCUUGUCAAAUUGCCAGUUCUUUCAAGUCCCAAAAUCCUUUUUUUACUAGAGUCAUGCAACCAUCAUUUCUUACUGAUAAAUACAGAAUGGGUUUACCAAUUAUCUUUGCUAGGAAAUAUUUGACGGAGAAGAAAUGCAAAAUCCAGUGUGUUGUUGACGGGAAAACAUGGACCAUGGAAUAUAAUAACACAAGCAAACGGUUUGUACCAAGACUCUGCAAUGGAUGGAAGGGCUUCUCAAUCGAUAACAAGUUGGAUGUCGGGGAUGUUUGUGUUUUCGAGCUCAUUAGUAUAGUCGAGACCACGUUUAACGUAUUCAUCUUUCGCCGUGAAGUUGCAGAAUCAGUAGAUUUUCCGAAUUCCUUGGUUGAUGAGAAUGGAGCUAAUCCAGUGAAAUUCAAGAAAAGCUUGGGAACUGAUUAUGGUAGCAAAAGUAAAGGCGCAAUAUCCUUCAUUGAUGAUGACAAAGCAGCAGUUGAAGAAUAUCAACUCCCUGGAGGUAAAAUGAAAGACCAAGUUCCCUCCUACCCUAGAGAUUUUUGUACCUCUUUUUAUGCAUUAACUUUGUGCACACAAUUUUAACCAAUUGAGACAUCACAAUUCUGGUGGUUCACACUUCACAGUAUACUCGAGGGGCUUCUUCUCUUGAUGUUGUCUUUAAAGCUUCCAGUAAUUAUCUCCCAAAAGAUCCAGAUUUUAAACUUGUUAUGAGAUCAUGUUACUUGUCCCAUGGCGGAUCGAGAUUUCCGGCAGCAUUUGCCAAGGGAUAAUGAUAUUGUGAAGGGGAAACUUAGCUGAGAUUGCAGAAAUGGGUUGUGAAGCUAAAAAACUAUAGUGGUUUUAGGUGCUGUUUAACAAGUGGUUGGACUCCAUUUGCUAGGGAAAAUUAUCUCCUAAAGGAUGACAUUUUAUUCUUUCACCUCAUCAAUGCCUACUGAUUUGGUGUUCAGAGUUUCUAUAAUC